CUCUGCUGUAGAAAAUUAUAAGCAGGUCUGGUUAUAAAUAAUAUACAAGUAACGUUAUAACCCUCAGGCAACAAAGAAGAAUAACUUCUACCGUAAGGACAAGAUCCUUUAGAUCGGAUAGAUCAACCAAUGGAUCAUAUCAAAGAACCUCCUGGUGGAUGGGAAAAUAUGUGGGUAGAGGGACGAACACUGUGGGAUUUAGGAGAAGCAACUCCCAUUGUUGUUCAUCUUUGCGAAACGGGCUCUUUGCCUAAUGGAAGAGCUUUGGUUCCUGGAUGUGGAACCGGCUAUGAUGUGGUUGUGAUGGCAAACCCUGACCGUUAUGUUAUUGGACUCGAACUUUCAAAAACAUCAGUCGAAAGAUCAACAAAGAUGUUUGCUUCAUUGCCUAAUUCAAAACAUUUCUCCUUCUUGAAAGAAGAUUUUUUCACUUGGGAGCCAACCGAAAAAUUCGAUCUUAUUUUCGACUACAAUUUCUUCUGUGCCUUUGAACCUAAAGUUCGACCUUUAUGGGCCAAGCGUAUGCAAGAACUUCUAAACCCUGGUGGAGAGCUUAUAACAUUGAUGUAUCCUUUAAGUGGUGGAACACCUGGUCCACCUCCUUACCAAGUAUCAGUCUCAGCCUAUGAGGAGCUUUUGAUCCCCUUAGGAUUUGAGGUGAUCUCUAUCGUUGAUAACGAACUUGCUCCAGAUACACGCAAGGGAAUGGAAAAAGUUGGCAGAUGGAAGAAGAAGAAGUCAGUCUGAUGAUUCCUCUUUGCCGUCAGCAUUCUCAUGGCUCUUAUCUAUACAUCAAUAAAGAUUUGCAUUUUUUGAGUUUUAUAUAUAGUUAGGGCCAUCUUUAGUGGGGGUUUCUACCCACGUCUCUCACUAAUAAAAUAACCAAAAAAUAAAAAAAUGAAGGAACGAAAUAAAAGAAAACAGUGUCUUUGAC